AUGGCUCGAGGUUCGAGAUCUCUCACGGUUUUGCCUCCGUUGGCGCAUAAGGACCUCGCCCUCGCCUCUUCCCUUGUCCUCAUCUCUUGCUCUCGUACCACCACCACCAUCAUCAUCUGCACCAUGUCUCAGCCCAUUGUCACCCUCGCUGUUUCUCCCCCGUCUACUCCAAAUGCUCGCAAACGAGCUCGUCUUGCUGACGGUGACGCUCCUGCCAAAAGCGUUACCCUUUCUCACCAGUCCCUCCAACUUCUCGCCGAGAACGCCCAAAAGCUCCUCAUGAUACAAUAUCGAGCCGACAUCGUUCGACAGCGCAUCAAGCUGCAACUCGCACAGGCUGAAGCCUCCCGCGCUAAAGACGAAGCUCGCAAGGCUGAAGAAGAGACCAGCAUGCACAAAUACGAACUCGAGCGCACUCAGCUGGAGGUUAAGAAGCUAGAGUUGGAGCUCAAAGUGCAUCAGCUCAAGGCGAAGAAGUGA